AUGGCUGCGUCCAUCGAGACUCCGUCACCGUCACGAGACCGUCAAGGCCGAUACGGCGUCGCCACGAGGGAAAUCCGCGUUCCCUCCAUGCAGGAGAGGAAAAAGCUCGUUACAGUAGCAGGCGAAUGCGGCGGCGAAUCUCUAGCCGUCACAAACUCUGUUGACUUCGAUGUCGAAGACGAAGCACGUUUUGAUCCGAUCCCACCGCCAUUCGGACCUUGCCCGACCGAGAACAGGACAGUUGAUCUUGUGCUUGUGGCAGCUGCAAUCGACGCAAGCUUUGUCCCGUUCCAAAGGCGCACGGUGCUUGUCUUCCGCCUGCGAGAUCGGCGGAACGCCCUGAACCCCUAG